CUUAUUGGUCAGCUGCAGCCCUGUGCCGUUUAUAAAGCGCACACAGGACAACAGGAGCUCCGGAGCUGAGAGUGGGAGUGCGCAGAGCAACGCCGCGGAGCGCAAAGGCUUACCCGGGGAGAAAACACCUGUUACUGACGGAGCAAGUGCGACAAACCUGACUGCAUCUACUUCACACGCCCACUGACCCCACUGUCUUGUGGGACCAUGUGGGUUCUUGAUAAGAUCCGUGGGUCGGUGGAGACCGGCGUGCUGCGUCAGGGGGAAAACGGAGACAAGAAAGGCGCCGCCUACAGCAACGUUCUCACCCCUGACAAGAUCCCAGACUUUUUCAUUCCUCCAAAGCUGGUCAGUGGCCCCCCAGAACCUGACGUUCACAAUGUAAAGCCCAAAGAAGGACUCCAACCCUCAACUUCAGAGCAAAUUAUCGGUAGUGGGAAGAAGAUCAGCAGCCCAAGAAGUCCACGCCUGGUAUCCAAGAUCGCAGGAGACACCAAAAACUUGCUGAGAGCAGCCAACCGGCACAUUAUUCAGAUAGAAAGUGCCGAUGAUGUUGGGGACACCAAUGCAGACCCUGGGUCGCAGACAGCAAUGUCCCUGCCUUAUGUACCCAAGACUCAAACACCUUAUGGCUUUGCGACCCUGAAGGAAAGCCCCCACACUCGCCGUAAAGAGUCCCUUUUCCACUGUGAACUUACCAGUCCUGUCACCUCCCCAAACAUCCAGAGGAAGACCCAGGGGAGAAGCAGCGAAGGGGGAAACCACCUGAACCCAGGUGACUUCAACACUUCUCACAUGAAUCCGUAUCGGUACUUCAGCGGAGGGGAAAGUGACACCUGCUCGUCUGCUGAGUCCUCUCCCUUCAGCUCUCCCCUGCUCUCGCGCUCCGCCUCCCUGCUCAAGAUCUUCACCCAUGAGACACAGGCCAAAGUAGGGAAAGUCAAGCGGACGUUCGCUCGCCACAGCUCCCUCUCCACCGAUGAGUGCAGCUCUGCUGAGCCCAGCCCCAACAUCCAGCGACGGCUCCACGUGCCCUCAUUGCACGGUGCCGGAGCGUCAGACCACGGGCUCCAUCGGGAGCACACCAUCAACCUCCACAAAGGCGGGACGGUUAGGAUCAGCGCCAAUUACGACUCCAGCACCUCCCGUCUGCUCAUCCGAGUCCUGGUGGCGGAGAGCCUUUACGACAAGCACUUUGACAUCAAGAGCAUUAACUGCUGUGUGUCUGUCUACCUGAACCCGGGAAAGCUGCAGAAGCAAAGGAGCAACAUCAUCAAGAACAGCCGCAACCCAGUCUUUAACGAAGACUUCUUCUUUGACUCGAUAAGCCUGCUUCAGGUGAAGAACCUGUUAGUGAAGUUCAAGGUGGUCAACAAAGGCACCAGUCUCAAAAGGGACACCCUGCUGGGGGAGCGAGAGGUGCCUCUACCCAAGCUGCUCUCAGAGGUUUAAAGCCACAGGACCCGGAGGUCAAAGGGAGGCAAAAAAAUCAAGGAUUUAAACUUAAAUUAGAUGCUUGCACUGGUUUCUAUUCAAACUGCUCUUUUUAUUCCAGUAGAUAAAAAUGAUGAACAUUACAAUGAAGGUGGAGGUAAUGAAAUAUUUCCCUAGAAGGAAAGUGAGGCUUUUUUCCCUUUUAUUUAAGAUCUAAAAAUGUCGAAAAUGAACGUGUUGAUGUAGCAUACGUGAAUGGAUGAAGGAUUUGUGGUGGUCAAGGCUUGCCUGGUUCCUUUUUCCCAAUAAUGAAAGCUCAUUAAAACCAAGCCGGGCGCAACAGCAACAGAUGAAUGCAACAGAUGAGAGGUUUUUUUCUGGACAGCCAACUUCAUCAGCCUGGUCAGGUUCAAAGGUUUGACAACACCUGUGCAUCAGCCUGUCUUGGUAUCCUUGCCUGGACUGUGUUCGCCAUCAUGGUUUUAUUAUUGUAAUACGACGUAAAUCCACAGCAGCACAGGAUGUGAAUCUACAUUACCUACUCCGUGUGUUCCGCACUAAGAUGCUUUUGUAAAUCAGUGCUUUGAAGUGGCAAUACAUUCUAAUGUGCAAAUGACCCUUUGAUCCCAGUUGCCAUGGCCUACUCCUACAGAGGAGGGCGAGGGACAAACAAUAGCCACAUUUACAUGCACAUCAAAAAUGCAAAGUCCCAUGAAUGCCAUUAUCCGAUUAUAUCUGUCUAAUUAUAUUGUUAACGACAGAAAGUAGAACUGCAGUAACGUGCUGCCAAAAUCUCAACGUUUUGUCUGUAAUUUAGUGCAUUUGAAUGUUAAAGUAAAAGGUGUACUCUUGAGGUUUCUCUUAAACAACUACUACUAAUAAUAAUUUAAUAUGUACUUAAUUGCUGUUUGGUUGAAAUCCCUUGAGCCUUUUGAAGGACGUGUGUUGGACGUUCCAGCUGCAGUGUGUCAGGCAGGCCCCUAUCCAGUGUGGACACCUUGAUUAAAUCCUGUGCAACUAGGCAACAAGCUCUCGACAUAUCUUCCCUCUGCAUUCAGACCCGUUGGCGAUACCUCUGUGAUAUUCUGCACAGAUUCUCAAUUCCAAGAACAACUCAGACAAAUGUUUUUAGUCGGUAACACAGCUUCUGUCAAAUCGGUCUUACUAACAUUUGUUUUGAUGUUGCACCUAAAGAAUAGCCUUUAACAAAUUCCUCUGCUUUUUGGUUCAUUUUGACAGCAGUGGGACAAAAAUCAAGAUGAUUAAAAGUCACACUUUAACACUGUGUAAUCAAAUUAAACACAUCCGUCAUGUAAGCAGAAUUAAUAGUCCUCAAUUUAUGCAACCAGGCUGCUGCUUUUGUCACAGUAUUGGCAGUGGACAAAUACAUGCAUGUCAAUUUAUUAAAUGUCUCAUAUAAGAAGAACAGAGCACCUGCAUGGCAUGAAUAUAUCACUGAUAUACCGAUGUUUGCAUGACAUGCUCAAAGUUUUUUGAAACCCUAAAGCCUUACUGUGUGUGUCUGAGUGUCUGUGUAUGUGUGUGUGUGUGUGUGUGUGUGUGAUAAAGAGGGAGGAGAGAGAAAGAGUAUGUGUGUUUUGAUUAGCAUGAGAUUUUAUCCAAAGUAGUUGAUUUUCUAUGUAAGACAUGUAGGUAUUUUGUUAAAAUGUUUUGAAUGUAUUGAAACGUGUGUUGGAUUUGUACUGUGUAUAACUACAUUAUAUUACUAGUUUCUACAAUUGUCAGCACAAUGCCAAUUAUGCACCAUGAGUGAGCAGUGCUGAUGAGAGGUGUUCUUAUUAUGUCUGUUUUAACUUUAAUGAAGCCCAGGGGGAAGAGGUGGAAAUGUCAAAAUUGAAAUAAGAAAUACAGUACUGUGUUUUGAUGCGAACAGCAGUUCUCGCCUCGAAGAAGAGCGACUGCAGUCCGAGGCAUCAGAGUGAUGCUAAUUACUGAGGUGUCGUACACACUGCCCCACUUUACUUCUGAGAGGAUUACUCUCACCUGGUGUUUGUAGCUCACUUGUAGCACUGUUCUUGAUGUGCUCUGUAUCCGUAAUAUACAGUGACACUGCUGGUUGGCUUUGUUAUAGUGGGAAAGUCAGUAAACUGUUGUAACCUCUGUUGCAAACAUACAGUGCCUGCUCGUAGAGUUAUUGUAUUUUCUACUGAAGCUUCCUAAAUUGUACUAAACCCUGUUGUUCCCGAACCCUUUCUGAGGGUUCUUCAAGCAUGAUUAACAUACUUCAGUAGUGUCAGUAAUAACUUUCAGUGGUUUCAUAUUGUGCAGUGGUGGGUCGCCUUGUGCUCUGAUUCUAGAUGGGGAUUUGCUGCUGACACAAAUGUUUAAAACAUUACAUCUGUAAUAUAGGCAAUGUGUUCUGCAAACUUUGUCCUAUUUUUUAAAAUAACUAAUUGCUUGGACUGUUUUCAUGAUGCUAAUCAUUUAAUAGAAAUGCAGGAGGAAAAAAAACAGUAAACAAUUAUACUACUUCAAGCCAGGACUUGUCACAGAUUCAUAUUCUACCUAAUAGCAUAUCUGAAGACUUGUAGUAAAACGGUUACACUUUUGCGCGUAAAAAUUUUUUUUUUGACUUUCUUUUGUUGCUUUAACAGGCAACAAAUGUUGCACUCCUGUCUCUGAAUGGUUUCAGAAAAGGCAGAAACCAAAGACA